CAAAAAAUCAAAAUGGACGACUUGUUUGGCGAUCUUCCUCCACCUUGUAAUACAGAAAAUAGAAUCUACUUCUUGCCUUAGCUUUUUAAGAUGCACAAAAUAACACUUUUUUCUUGUAUUUUUCAGUAAGCGGAGGUGAUACUUCGAGCUCGGCGGAAAUUAAUCUAUAUGAUGAUCUUCCGGCCACCGAAAGUAGAAACAACAAAAGGAAACUUGACGAUUGUGAAGACGACGAAGUGCCGGCUAAAACAUCUGCCCUGCGUAAGAUAAUGAACAUUUUUUUCUUAGUUUUAAGAUAUAAUCUAGGUGUUUAGGUUGUAGAUUUAUUAAAGGGUGAGUUGGGGACGUACCAUUUAGUGUCAGCAGCCCAAAUGUACUCCCGGCCCGCUAAGGGACCCUUUGUGUCCAAAUACCAAACCCCACUAUUCGAAAACACGUCAUCCUUUAUUAUAGGGGGGAGGGGGGGGGGGGGGGGGGGGGGGGGGGAAAAGGGGAAAAUCCCUGAGAAACCCUUCUCCCCCAUAUUUUGGGUUUUUUAUUUUUUUUCCGCCCUUACCCCCCUACCGCAGGGCUAUUUGGUCUCUCUCUAAUAUUUGGCUUUGCGGGGUCUCUGUGUAGGGGGUUGGGGGAUUUUUAAGGGGGGGGGGGGGGGGGGGGGGGGAGGUUGCGGAUGAAAAAUGGAACAUUCCUGUGAAACCAUUCUCAUCCAUUGAUUUGCUGUUCUAUAUUUUCUGCUGCCUUACGCCCUUACGCUAGGUGCUUCUUGGACUUCUCGAAUAUUUGGCAUUACGUGGUCCUGGUAUAAGGGGUUAUGGGAAUUUUUAAUGUGAGGCAGACACGAUCAUGGGAAAGCAGUAUUAAAGAAUGCACAAGGCAUGGGAAAGGGUCAAUGUGGAUCAUACUCGGUAAAUCUCAGUUUUACCCUAAAGUAGGCAAAAUGCUUUUUUCUUUCUAUUUCCAAUCACUUGAGAACCAUGCACUUAAAAAAUUAAAGUUAUCAAUCUGUGAGCCAUUUAUAUUGUUAGUUUCUGGAGAGCAUCCAGCACCAACACUACCCAACUUUCUCCCACAGAGUCCAAAUAUAUUCUGAGAGGCUUUGUUGCUGAAAGAAAAGGGGAAAGGUUUGACAUGCAAGAUGCACAUGUCAUCUGUGAUGAUUUCUUAGAAGAAUUUGACACUAAACCCACUGGAAUGUAAGCCACAUUUAUAUUCUUUUAGAAUAUAUUUAAAUAGAGCUGGUAAUAACCAAAGGUUAGGGAGUGCAGGUGACAUCGAUCGGAGCUCCAAAUGCUUUUGCUCCAACGCUGUGCUUUGCAUAAGUUUCACAUGACAGAUGAUCAAAACACGCUUGAUCAGAUUAUGAGGGGUAGAAAGUAGAAAUGAGAGUGAUCAAAUUGAGUUUUGUGAAUUCCAUUCAUUCUUAGUGGAAGUCCAACCGAAUAUUAGCUACAUACGUGUGACGCACGUGUAAUAACAACCUGGAGAUUAGGACUAGUGCGUGCUCCUCUUUUUACCCGCAAUCAAUGGGUUGGGACACGUAAUAUUCCAAAAACAUUUCUAGAGUUCACCAUUUUGAGAGGGUGAGACUCACUGCUGAAACAUCCAUAAUGAGUUACCUGUGGCAUUACUAUCGGUCAAGUCCCAAGGGUCACAGAUAGCCUACACUGCAAUAUCUCACACUGUAACCUGGUUUGUGUAGCUUGAAGAAGUAGUGUUUCCUAGAUAAAAGUAUCAUUCAGCCCAACUAUUGUGAAUUUUCAUGAAGUUAGAAAUAAAGUCAGAAAGUCAGUACCAUCAGAUUAGAUUGUCUCACUGGAAAAAUACACUGUGGACUCCAUUUUAUCCGCUUGUUUAUGUAUGUUGUAAGAAGGCUUUCUGUUUACUGUACCACUUGUUUUGGAUCUUUGACACUUGCUACCUGCCGAUACUGGGGAUCUUCUGGCAAAUCCUUCUUACAAAUGAAUUUUAUGAUUUUUUUGAGAAUGAUCUGUCUGUACUUACAGAUCAAGGAUGUGUUACUAUGGUGUCUUUGAUGGCCAUGCUGGUCCCAGGGCUGCUCAGUUUGCCGCUGAUCAUUUACACAAGAACAUUAUUCUCAAGUUUCCAAAAGGUUGAUGGUAAAUACUAUAGAUAAUGACUGGUCUCUUGAAGAAAUCAUUUAGUAUAAUGAAAGCUACAUUUGUAUUAAUGAAACAGCACUUUUCUAUGGUGCAAUUUAGUAUACUGUGUAAGGGUGUGCAUGGUUAGACUAACUUAAUUCUCAGGGUGUCACAAUAGUGCUAUCUGUCUGAUGGCCUGAGGCUAGUGGAGCUGUUAGAGGUCAAAAUUAAAUUCAGGUUAAAAUUUUUUAAUCUAGGUUGAUUCUCAAUUUCCAUUGUCUCGUAGCCCCAGGUAAUAAUAUUAUUCAUGAAUUUAGGCUAGAAGACAAAGAAAAUUUUGGAGAAUCAACUCAGGUUAAAAAAUCUUGACCUGUUACAGAGCUACCCAUCUUGCAGGCAUGUUUUUAUUGCAGUUCAUGCGAAAGGCAAGCAGCAGUUAUCAAGAUAAAGUAAAUUUUAGUUAAAAGGGGGGCUGAUAGGCUGGGCUAGUAAACUUCAGCAGUAGCUUGCCUCAAGGGCAAGCAAUUUUUUAAUUUUCAUCUCACCCAGUUUCUUUAUUUUCGGUAAAAUUUACAGGUUAAACAGUUAGAAUAAUAAUUGUAUACUGCAUAGUAAACCUUUGUAACUAUUGUCUUAUUUGUGGCUGUAUUGUGAAUUUUUUGUGUACAUUCAAGUUAUUUUCUUAUUCUUCUGUGUAUUCUUCAACAUUUUCAGGAGAAACAACCAACAAAGACAGAGAAAUAAAAAAGUGUAUGACAGAAGCUUAUAAAAAGACUGAUGAUGAGUUCCUACAAGAGGCAUCCAAAGCGUAAGUAUCACAGGCAUCCCAAACUUGCGUUAUGAGGAAAGAGUGUAAAGUAAUUUACUUACUAUAGGUGACGUGUGACCUUUCUGCUGGACGCACCGGUGUCGCUUUGUAGGCGACCGUUGAAAAUAAGAGACUUUGAGUGAGAAAUAAAAUACUGAGAUUAGUUCGAACGCUAAAUAACGUUAAAUCUAAUCUUUCCUUCAAUGAAAUGAAUGAAAAAGACUUACCUGUGAUGUAUUCCACUGUGUUUCGGUAUCUGCUUGUCAUUUUACUGAUUUUUUUUGGGCUUUAUUGCAUAACCACUGUUACUCCCUUUAUAAGACGAAGUCAAGGCUGGUCACUUCAAUCUGGCUGGGUCCUGGACCAGUCACAACAAAAAUGCCGCUUUUUCGCUGAAAUUCAAGUCUGCUGCCAAUUUUUUCAGCACUAACCCAAGAGAGAAACCUCCUUUUCCUCUCUAAGAGAUCGGCUCGAAAAAAGCUUUAUAAUUUCCCCAUCAAAUUGAACCAUUUUGUGCCGGACUUUGAGGCAUGUCUGGAGUUCGUCCAGUGCCUGUGAUUGCUGUUGCGCUUACCUACUAAUUUGCAUAUAUUAUGACAGUUAGCACUUACAUGACGGGUGCAAGGGUGAAAAUGACAUGUUGACCAGGCUCUUUCACUGUAAAGACGUAAGCCCUUGCACCCGUCGUGUAAGUGCUAAUUGUCAUAAUGCAAAUUAGUUGGUAGGCGCAACAGCGGUCACAGGCAGUGGACGAAAGCCAGACAUGCCUCAAAGUCCAUGCAGCACAAAUGGCUCAAGUCGAUGGGGAAAUUAUAAAGCUUUUGUUUUCUCUUAGAGAGGAAAAGGAGGUUUCCCCCUUGGGUUGGAGCUAAAAAAAUUUUUUCGUCACAAAAUUUUUUGAUGCUCACUUAGAUCACCAGUAUGGAAAGAUGGUUCCACUGCUGUCACAGCUUUAGUUAUGGAUGAUGUGUUAUAUGUAGCCAACCUUGGUGAUAGCAAGGUAUCACUACAUCAUUAUUUGUUACUUAAACUAGUAAUAACCAAAGGUUAGGGAUUUCAGGCGUGAUAGCUCAAAAGUCGAAACACCCUAACGGCUUAUACCCUCGGUGCUGUGUUUUGUGUAAGCUUCACAUGUAGAAUAUCAAAAUGCAGGUAAUCAGAUUACAAGUGAUAAAAGACCCAAACGCAUGUGACCAGAUUGUAUUCAAUGCAUUCCUUUCAUUCUUAGUGAAAGUCCAAAAAAAUGCUGGCGAUAUAUGUGCCGCUUAUGUGUAACUGGAGAUCAGGAUUACAGCGUCUUCUGUUCUCUGCAGUAAUAUUAUUAAUAUUUCAUGACACCUUGUAAUUUAUGACAAAGCAGCAUGUUUUGUCCAAAGGGAACUGAGAUUGCUAAUCUGCAAUGAGUUUCCAAGAAAAUCUGUUGGUAAAUUCCUCAAGGAUGUUGUGUUGUACUCAGCCUGUUGUGACCAUUUCAGUAAAGGCAUUUAAAAAAAUAUAUGUUGGUGGUGAUGGAAUUCUGUUAUACUGACGUUUUAGUGGAGAUCAUAGCAGGUGUUUUUUGUUCAUUUAUUUAUUUGUUUAUACCCUCCAGGCACUGCUUUGUCGAUGUAGUGAUGAUGGUAAAAUUUCAGUAGUUUCUCUAUCCAAAGAUCACUCACCUUCUCAGGUAAGAAAAACGAAGAAUUAUACCAUUUCUUUUUGAUAGAGUGGCAAGUUGCUGUUAAAACAUUGAAAAUAAAUACGACGGGAAAAGUUACGACUUUUAAUUAAACCAUGCCAACUCAGGACUAAUUAAGGCUAAUGACAAUUGAGAUAGAUUUUAAUACAGUAAUGGUCUUUUUUUACUCACAUUCACAGUACGAGGAGAGGAUGAGAAUUCAAAAAGCAGGAGGAAAUGUCAGGUUAAUUCCAUUUUUUUUAAAAUUCCUUUUAUUCGUAGUGUCAUAUAAAAAUUACCGUAAAAGUCAGGGAUGCAUUGUUAGGCCCCUUCUUCAGGUACACAGCAGUGAAGAGCAGGUUGUCCUUAAGUCUUUUGGGGAAAUCUUCUUAACAAUAUAUAAUCUUUUGGCAAUGGUAAAUUUGACUUGAAUACUACGCAGCAAGCAGCAGGUUUUUGUUCUGUCGCUGGAUUUACAUACCCCAUAACAGGUGAGGUCCAUUCCUCUUAAACCUCCAAGCCCCAGUGUCCUUAUGCAAUUCUCCAUGGUAAUCUUUAUACAUUCCUUUAAUAAUAAGUUAAGAGAAUUUGAUAAAAGAUCAAAGCAUUUUUCCCAGGUGAUCAUUUUGUUAACUCUCUUAACCUUUUCUUUUGAUUAUUUAUUGUAAGGAGAAAAUUGAUCUUGGUCACCAUUGAUGAUAUUCUAAGCCACUUAAGCUAUUUUAGUUGCGCAGCGUGUACGUUUCGUGGAAGUUUUAGUGACAAGAUAUAUGUGGGGAAGUUGUCGAGACAAUAGGGUUUGAUCACGGAUAUGCACUGCACCAAAAUCCGGUGUAAUACGAUGAUACGAUGUUUUGAGGGUUUAUUGUUGUUCACCGUUAGGGAAGGCCGUGUUCUUGGUGUUUUGGAGGUUUCUAGAUCCAUUGGAGAUGGCAGAUUCAAGAGAUGUGGAGUAAGCUGUGUUCCUGAUGUCAUGAGAUGCACAAUCACAGACAAUGACAGGUAUUAAGUGGCACAACAUAAGAGGGGGACCGGAAUACAAGUAGUUUUUUAUCUUCACUAAGGACAUCAAUGUGAAGAUUUUAAAGGUCGUCGUUCCCUGUGAAAAGUGUAAUUUUCUAACCCUCCCUCCCAAAAAAAUUUGUUCGAGCUGUGAUUCUUUCCUAAUACUGUUUUAGAGUUAUAAUAGAUCACUGUUGUUCUUUAGGUUUCUGCUGUUGGCUUGUGAUGGUCUCUGGAAAGGUUUCUCUGUAGAUUCUGCGUUAAAGUUCAUCAAAAAUAUUUUGGAGGUAACUUGCCAAUCAUUUACUUGUGACUGCUUCAAAACAUUCGUUCUAAUCAAUUUGUCCGGAGAAAGCUAGCGCUUAAAAUGUCAGUUCUUUUCAAUCUUUUUACCUUAGUAUAAAAUUGUCUUCAACUCCGUUGAUAAAAUUGCAUUUUCGUGUUUAUCUCACGCACCAACGCUGCCCAAAUGCUUAGCCUUCUUUUGCGCUUAGCGCUUGUUUGUGUCCCCUUCUCGCUCGGCUCCUGAUACCACACUCGCUGGUAACCAUGGAAACGUCUUUGUAGGAGGAAGCACUUGUAAUUUUACUGUAAGGCUGGAGGGUGGAAGUGUCCUGAUAUCCGGGCCUAGGUCCCCAGGGGGUCCUCUACGGAAUUCUUAGUGAGGGUGUGCCGCCUGGUUCUCCAAAUCCUGACCCUAUUUCAGACCAAAAAAUGUCAUUUUUCACACCUGUUUGCAGACCUGGCCUCUAAAACUUACACCCAUUCUCAGACCUGGCCUUUAAGAAUUAUGCCAUCAUUACUUAUAUUAGAACAGCAACAAAAUUGGAAUUCGCAUAUUUCUCUUUCUUUCUUCUCAUUUGAAAUUGAAACAAAAAAUAUGUUCGUACACUCCCGUAGUUCCUUUGAAACCAUACAUGUACCCGAUUCCAGAUUCCAAAUAGGCAAAUUCUAUACCCGUUUCCAGACCAAAGUGGCACAAAUCCCUACCCUUUAGGGUGGCACAUACCUGUAUGGCUUAUAUAGGAGGGGACCUCCCGCCCCCUGGGGAGGCCUAGGCAUUCUCGUCACAGUGAAUAAUUUAUUUUGUUUCCUUUUUCAUAUUGAUAGAGUGAGGAGACUGAGGAAAGUAUUCAAAAAGCUGAAAAUGGUAUGCUUUUGAUUUCAGUGAAGGUUAAUUUAAGACUUUUUAAUAGCUCGACAUUUAUAGUUUCUAUCUCAUUCUAUAUCUGUGUCACAGCAGUCCAGUUCAUUUUGUUUAAUUUUGCCAAUUACUCGCCCAUAGUCGCUAUGGAACUUAAAGUAAGCAAAGAAAUUACAUGUAAAUGACAGUAUCAGAGAUCCGAGACAAAUAUGUCUCCUGAGCAUUAUUUUUGAAGUUGUAAGCAGCAGGGAUCAACUUUGAAAAACUGUUAGGCUGAACAGUUUUCAAAAACCCUAAUUUCAAUCCGUUUCAGUCUUCUUCAGUUUUGCCCAUCCGUGGCAUUUGUUGUUUCUGUUAUGCUAUUUUAACCUUCCUUUAAAGUUUUAAGCGGUUAUUUUUAUGUUUCUCUUAAUUUAACGGGCAUUUUGUAAUUCCCUAAUUUGGCUGAAUUUCGUGACACAGUUCCUUUAAUUCCUUCAUCCCGACCUAAAUUUUCCCUUAAUCCCUUAAUCCUGAUGGUGGUUUGGCACCCUUAUCCCCCGCAUACUUUCAAUCCCGAAUCUAGCCCCGAUUUUGCGGUAAAAUCCCGAAUCCUUCAAAUUUGGCAAAUCCCGGAUACAAGGUUAGAAGAAGACUCAACUGAAGCACAUUGACCCACGGGUUCCCCAGGCUCUAUAUGGAAGUUCGUUGAAAUUUUUAAGUACAACUUAAAUCUAAAACACGAUAAAACGGCUUCUAAAUGGCUCCAGAAGAGAACAGACCGUAAAGCACACAACACAAACACAAGCUGAGUCAUUUUUAUUGUAAAUUUUUUUUCCAAAAAUAUAAUUUAGAUCGUUUUUUGUUUAUUUUCAUACAUUCUCUUAUAAAAUUCAAAUUCCAACGAACUCUCAUGUAGAGUCUGAGCCACUUGUGAUUGACCAUAAAAACAUUUUUUGGCCCGCUAGUAAAAUGAUACGGGGAUCAUUGAAGGCUUAUAAGUUUACUAAUCUUCAAUAUCAUGAUUUUUUCGUCGUUAGACUUACCUAGUCACCCCUCCCCUCGCUUAUUUUUUCAUCCGCUGCCCAGUAUGAUACGAAGGCUUUGUCUCGCCGUUGGCGCUAAAGUUACAACUGUAUGACAACUGACAGUUAAUUGCGUGUUUUGAAAGCUUAGUCAUCUUUAUGGGGGAAGCUUCCAUUUUUUUUUUAACUUCUGGUUGCAUAAAUAAUUGAACUGAAAAACUUUUGCCCGUAGAAUCAAUGGAUGACAAGUUAAGGAACUGCUUUCUCAUUUGCAGGUUCGGAAGAUGUCGAAACUGACCCAAUGGCUGCGCGGUUUCAGAAAGCAUGUGACAAAGUCGCUAGUGAAGCUGUCAGAAAUGGGAGUUCGGAUAACGUGACAGUAAUGCUAGUGUCAAUCACAAGACAGUGA